ACGAGUCAGUUGAAUUUGAGUAGCACAAGUGACAAGAUGUUCAAUAAGAUUUUAAUUAUUUGCUUAUGCUUUAUAAGCUUAACUAAAGCUGGUGUUUAUACAGAGCGUUACUUUAAAGAUCCAGCACAUCCAGGCAAGUGUGUCGUCAAAGAUAAGGUGCUAGCGCCAGGACAAAGUGUCAAGCAUCCGGUAAUGGAUUGUGCACAAUUUACUUGUGAUAAUGCACAAGGCAUGGCAACCAUUGAAAG